UUCAAAAUGGCGGCCGCAGUUGGGUUUUUUGUAGGUCGCCGUAGAUUCGCAUUUUCGGGUCCGCUUUUGCUUCAUAUGAGGACGAUUGCAGCUAAACGUAAAGCACUACGUGCAUUUGAACAACGGAAGCACCAAGACGAUGUUUUUCUUCUAAAUUACCGAGCUCCACCUAGUCACACUUUCGCGGAAGCUUUGAGCGCUCUCCGUGCAUAUGCCAUAACUAAUAUCGAUCAAACUGUCGAGCUGCACAUCAAGAUCAACAUGGGAGAUAAAAAGGUUGGUUUUGUUUAAAGUCAUUAAAGUUGAAAUCUUAACUCUCUGUUCUAACUCGUACAGUCAGAGUAUAUUGUAAACUGUGUUCUUUCAACACUUUUUUGUACAUUACAGACUAAGAUCAAUCCUUUUCAUGGACUUAUGUUGCUUCCAAAACAAUAUGGAAAGGAGAGAGAGGUGUUAGUGUUUGCAAAGGUAAGAGGUUACCGUGUAUAAAACUUAAAACUUAGCCGCUGACUCAGUGAAUAUAACUGAGAUGUUGAUCAGAAAUUAAAGAAAUCACCAGAAUCUACCAGUCAUUUGCAUGUUUACUUUUUGUAUCAUUCCCGUCAGCACAUGGGAAUUUGCAGUCUCUCCUUUCAUAAAGGCAACACAGGAAGCAAUAAGAAUCAACCAUAAAACAUAUCUUUCAAAUCAACACUAAAUAGCAGCACUGUGCAGAAUCAAUGAAUGCGUUUAUUCAUUAAACUGCUUUAGUCCAGUUGUCCAUGUAAAUGAGUUUGAUCCCAGCAUACAGUAGUUGACCAAAGAUAGAGCAUCACCUGUCCUUUUUUUAAACUAACCAUAUCCUGUUGUGUGCCUAUCCAGUUGGGGACUGCACCUGAUUAAAGCGAAACAAUCAGCUUUAUUCAGCCAAAUUUACAACUUGUGGUCCUUGACAACAACUAUCAGGUAUUUCAUGGCCUAAAUAAGGGACUCAGGGUUCUAAUACACCAUAAUCUCUUUAUUUUACUGGCAAGUUUAAAAUGUAGAUAUGCAGAAUGCCUAACACUCCCUUUAAAUCAUUAGGAUGAAGCUGCUGAGAUUGCAAAGAAUGCUGGAGCAAACAUUGUUGGUGGAGAAGAACUCAUUAAAAAGGUACUCCAGAGUGCAAAGAAAGCCAGUUUUACUGCUUGCCUUCCAGGCAAGCUGAAGCUAGCAUUACUAGCCCAAACGUCAUUGGUCUCACUAGCCCCAAAAACCUUUUUGAUGGGCAGAAUUGAUUUUGCAAUUCCUUCCUCAAAAAAAUUCACUGGCCCAUCCGGCCUGUUAAAAACAAAAUUCAGUAGCCCAAUAGCAAAAUCCACCAGACAUGGGCUAUCAGACACUACUUUCUUUGCAUGCUGUACUCUAAUGAAUAUUCUGGCUGAGCUUAUUGACUGCUAAUUUUAGCAUUAGUUGAAAUUGCUCUGAAUCUGCCAAAAAUGUCAAGAGACACACAAUAAUAAAACACUGACUAAGGCACAUGGCAUUAUGCUGUAUUUAUUUUAUUUUAUUUUAUUUUAUUAGCUUUGCCCUGAAGAAUACAAAAAAAAAACCACUGUAAAUAUGCAAACAAAAUAUUAGGGCAGGGACACUGCAACAGCUAAAGCCAAUUACUGUAAGUGUUUAUAAUACUGUUUAUACAGUAUUAUAAACACUUACUAGAAGACUAAUAUUCUGUUAACAGCUUUUAUGUCAGUCUCCUCUGGCCCUUUUUGUAGCCACGUCAUUAGCACUCUACAGUGUAACUUAUUGCUAUCCUUGUGAUGUCAUUUUUCUUUGUUUGUCAUUAAGGUUGCUGAUGGUGAGUUGACAGACUUUCAUCAAGUUCUCUGCACCUUGGAAUUUCUGAGCAAAAUGAGACCUCUGCAACGAAUACUAAGGGAAAAAAUGCCGACAACUCGAAGAGGUAAUGUUUUAGUAUAAGGUUAGAGCUGUGCUCUCUCUCUGUGAACCAUGGCAACUUGGCCAAAUUUGCAACUCUUUGAAGAGAAAUUUUGUAUCUUCACAAAGCCAUGUAAUAUCAUCCAUUAAAAAAAAUGUUUAAAUUGUCAUGGCCUUUUUGUCCCUUCAAUAAUGUUAACAAUUUAUGUAAAUUUCUGUAGGAACUGCCUCUGAUGACAUUGCAACCGCAAUAAGAACAUAUAAACAGGGUCACCCAUAUAGGUGCGACAGGCUUGGAUAUGUCAAUAUUGGAGUGGGAAAGGUAGAUAUGAUAGAUGUGUAACAACUACAUGUAGAGGUUUUUUCAUGUCAUGAAUGUACAUGCAACAGCCACUUACUAUCAGGCAGUGUACUGUAAAUUUAAAAUUCUGAUUGUUUUCACAAUGUCUUUCCUUGUUGGUUAGCUGUAAGAAAUUCAUCACAGUUUGAGAUCAAUCUUACAAAUUUGAGAUUAUAAUUAUUGUUAGUAUUACAUGUAGGCUAUAAAAUGACUUGACCUCUGCCCUUCAAGCAAGCUCUCCUUUUGGAGGGUUUCAUCAGAAGUCAUGGACAAGCUGAAUACAAAAGAAGGCACAAGAGUGUGAGGGGCAGUUUUGCCAUUCACUCACUUGUUCUCUUGCAGCUCACUUCACUCACAAUUCAGAAGGGAAAGCUACCUUGUAUGCUACCCAACCUCUAUCUGGUGGUCACCACUAAAAGAAAUAAUGGUCACUUAUAUAAUUUCUCAUAAAUAUAUUCACUCUUGUUUUAAAUUGUCCUGGAGAGCUUCCUCUUUUAGCAUGGCUCAUUUCACAUGGUUUUUUUAAUGAUUUAUAGAAACUACAUGUGCAGUGUACCCUUUAGAUCUGAUAGUCAGUCACUCAAAUUAUAGAUUUACUUUUAUGAUGUUUAGCCACCCAAUAAACUUCACAUGACAUUUUCUGAGUGCAUUAUUGUGUUGUUUGCUUUUAGCUAAUGUGCACCAUUGUCUUAUUGUGUUGUUUAUACCUUAUAAUUUGCUUUUUAGCUCAGUUUUACCGAUGCAGAUGUAAGGAGUAAUACGUUAGCAGUCAUAUCUACUGUUCUAUCACAUAGGAUUUCCACAAAAGGUAAUUCGAUAUGCAUGUAAUUUAUUGUUUAAACCGAGAGAGAAUAAUGUGAUACAGAUAGAGACAGAGACACUCUGUCUUGCCCUUGGUAUAUGUGAAUUCCACCAAAGCUAUUUUUAGACAAAUGGAACACUUGAAUUUAAUUGAAAGUGGAUUCUGGAGAGGUCCGCAAACUUUUAUUCAGUGAUAUCAAAAGAGACGCCUCAGGAAUUAGACCUGCAUUUAAUUACAACCUCUAAAAAUAUCCUCAGGGAAAUUCACAUAUCCUGGCCAACGUCCUAAGAUUCUCUCUUUUUCCAAGUAUUCUCUCUUGUUUAAACUUGAGAUCAAAAUUUGAAUUCUUAUUAAUUUUGUUGCCCCAAUUCAUUUGCUACAGAAGUGGUGGGGAGAAGUUUAUAAAAUAUCAAAGAAAUUCAUCUUGUGUGAUCAUGUCCAAAAUUCUCAUGACCACGCUGUUUUACAAAGCGCUGAUAUUACAAGGAGAAAUUUGAUGUUGAUCACUCUUAAGGCUUAAAGGGUUAAACCCAUUCACGACAGAACCAUCCGUAACUGCCCGUGUGGAUCAUUAUCCCUUGCAUGAAUUUUGAUGUCAUCAAUUUUAACGUUCAGAGACAAUAAUUGAUGUCUACAUGUACCUUGUGCAGGGGGAACGAGCUCUCUAGAACCAUACCAAAGUGAGCGCAACUCAGUUUAAUAGGUUAGAGAAGAAGACAAAAAAAAAUCUUGUAUUUGGACCAAAAAACUCCAGUAAAAAGUCUUGUUCAAGUUCCACUACCCACCUGGACGUUUCCACAAUACUUUCACGUUCAGCGUUUUGCAAGAAAUUUUCCAACCAAAAUGAAGCCCAGCAAAUGCCCAAUAAAGGGGUUAAAAAUGUGUUAGGAAAAUUAAAGCGAAAGAAGUAGGAAGGACAGAGAGAGGAAGGUAUACACUGUAAGCUGAGGUGCUGCGAAUAAACUUUUCGAAAUUUUUCCUUCGGCGUAAGCCCAAACUUCAAAAGCUCUAUGUAGCUUAUGUCACCAAGAAUAAAAGCAAGCACAACAAGUUGGGAAGGUUUGGUUCCUUUUUAGUCAGAUUGUGACUGGAAAAUGGCUUGACAAGCUUCAAACGGCGUUUUUCGGCAAAAUGCCGAAGUGAAUAGCUUAAAAAAAAAAGAGUACAGCCGUAUUUCUGUCAAUCGACAUCAACUCAGUGGAAGAAACCGCCCCUCUUUAUUACAGACAAUGAAUGCUUUGAGGUUCAACACAGCUGAAAAAGUUAGCACGUUUGUUAGCCAUCAUUUAAGCCCCGUGCAAAACGCAACUUUGUUGGCCAACAACUCCCAACAUUGUUAGAUGUUACAUGUUACAUCCGUCUGUACACCCUGUUGCAUGAUGUUGCCUGUUGUUGCACAAAGUUUGAAACCGGUCAAACGUUUAGCUAAGUGCAAACUGGCGCAACGACUUCCAACAUUGUUGGGCCAGCAAUGUUGGGAAUUUUUGCGUCCGUGUUGGCAGUGGUGUGCAAACGGACGCAACAAGUCCUAACAAUGUUAAUGAUAUAUGAAAUAAAUCAUAUAUGAACUGCGUAAAUGAAAUGACAAUGAAGAAAUGAUCGUUGCAGUGAACGCAAUUGAUGCAAUUGCGUAAAGAAGCCUGAAAAAAAAAAUAUGAAAAGAACCCACAACUGACCUGCUCCAAACAUCAGUGGCUUCAUAGCUCAGUUGGUAGAGCAUCGCACCGGUAAAUCGCGAGGUCACGGGUUCAAACCCCGUUGAAGUCCUGAAUUUUUUUCAGGCUUCUUUACGCAAUUGUAUAAAUUGCGUUCACUGCGACGAUCGUUUCUUCAUUGUCAUUUCAUUUACGCAGUUCAUAUAUGAUUUAUUUCAUUUAUCAACAACAUUGUUGGAAGUUGUUGCGCCCCUUUACACGUAGCUUUAGGAAACUAGGUCCUUGUAGUUGGCAAGUAUAACGGAAAGACCCUAUCUAACUUGUUUUCAAUAUUUUUCACCAGGCAAGUUCUUUGAGAAAAUGUGGCUUUCCUCUUCAAAUGGCCCCGGUUUUCGUUUACUCAUGGAUGAAUUAGUAAGCUAGUGUUAGCACUGAAUGAUUCAUGGAAAAGACGAACUUCACAAGCUUCUGGAAUGCUGAAAGGACCUUCUUGAUUAUCUAACGUAUUUACAUAGUUCCGUUUGUGGUGAGAAGGUCGGCUACUCUCUACUUCUGAAACAAUCGUUACAUUCCAUACCAAGAGAUUUCAUGGAAGGAUUUGAAAGCCACUGUAGCCAGUCACAGGAAGUAAAAACCAAAGACCACGAAAGGUAGACAAGAAAUCCACAAGGGUGCCAACUCAAGAACUCAGUCCCAAGCACAUGUUCGUUUAACUUUGACUCUGAAAAGUCUUACAUUCAUUUAGUGACUAAAAGUUAAGAAUAUGAUAGUUCAAGGCUUGAGGAGAAACUUUCUGCGAUUAUAAAUGCAAAAAUAAGCCUUUGCAAUGAUUACUAGGCUUACUAGCCCGCCUGCGAUCAAACCUGUGAGGCAGGAACAAGGUUUUGUAAAGUAGUUGGUAAUGUAAGCAAGUCUCAAUUUCUCCGGCACAAAUUUAAAAAAUUGUUUUGGCGACCAAUAAGCAUAUAUUGGCAUUAGACCGUCAGUGCGCAUGCUCUUCAAUCAGCUUUCGCAACUCGUGAACUCUUUUCAAGAAAUAGCAAGAACCUUGCCCAAUCCCUUGGCCUCAUUAUUACGCAC